CCGAGUGCAUUAACAAUGGCGACGAGCUGUGCAUGAUGCAUUGCCUUACCUCAUGAUAGUCACAGGUCCCCGUCAAGCACCUCCCUAUCCUACCACCCCCCAUGAAAUUAACAGAACGGAAAAAGUUCAUAUAAUAAAGCUUUUCAACUUCUAGCAAAAGGCUAGCAAUACCUAUUGCAGUUGAGCGGAGCCUGCGAUUCUCUCAGAUUUCGUGUUUCAGAAGAAAUGCAGGUUUAGAGAGAGAGAGAGAGAGAGAGAGAGAGAGAAUGGAUAACUUCAUCGGCAGAGACGAAAUCGAGUCGUUCAGAAACGAGCUAUCCGAUCUAGGCAGAAGCUUGAGAUCAUCGUUCCGGCGUCGCGCAUCGAGCGUCCGCACCGAUUCCGCGUUGAGCUCUGUCAUCGCCGAUGAAGUAGUCUCUCAGUGGGCGGAAAUUGACAGGCUGCCGACGUUUGAUCGGCUGAGAUCUUCGCUCUUCGACGAAACUGACGGCGGCGAUGGAAACGGAGGCAGAAGAAAGGUGGUCGACGUCACGAAGCUUGGCGCGCCGGAGCGGCACAUGUUCAUCGAGAAGCUUAUCAAGCACAUUGAACACGAUAACCUUCGUCUUCUGCAGAAAAUCAGGAAGAGAAUGGAUAGAGCUGGUGUGAAACAGCCUACUAUUGAGGUUAGAUAUUCAAACUUAUCCGUAGCGGCAGAGUGUGAGGUUGUUGAUGGGAAGCCUCUGCCUACUCUUUGGAAUUCCUUCAAAAGCUUGAUUCUGGUAAGCUUGCCCUGUCUGCCAACACAAGAGGCCCGUAUAGACAUCAUCAAGGAUGUCAGUGGCGUCAUCGAGCCUGGAAGAAUGACUCUAUUACUUGGUCCUCCAGGAUGCGGAAAGACUACCCUUUUGAAAGCUUUAACAGGAAAUUUAGACAAAUCGCUUAAGGUUUCUGGAGAUAUCUCGUACAAUGGAUAUAAACUUGAUGAGUUUGUACCUCAGAAAACGUCAGCUUAUAUAAGCCAAGAUGAUUUGCAUAUCCCUGAAAUGACUGUAAGGGAAACACUUGAUUUUUCAGCUCAGUGUCAGGGUAUUAGUAACAGAGCAGAGAUUAUGGCUGAGGUCAGCAGAAAGGAGAAAGAAGCCAACAUUGUUCCUGAUCCAGAAGUAGAUACUUACAUGAAGGCAAUUUCUGUGGAAGGACAAAGGACUUCUCUUCAGACCGACUACAUUUUGAAAAUUCUUGGUCUUGAUGUCUGUGCCGAUACGCUGUUUGGAGAUGCCAUGAGAAGAGGUGUAUCUGGUGGCCAGAAGAAGAGACUUACUACAGGUGAGAUGAUAGUUGGACCAACAAAAGCCUUAUUUAUGGAUGAAAUCUCGAAUGGUCUAGACAGCUCAACCACAUAUCAGAUAGUUUGUUGUCUUCAACAACUUGCACACAUCUCAGAUGCUACAAUACUUGUUUCACUUCUCCAGCCCGCACCAGAAACAUUUGAUCUCUUUGAUGAGGUGAUUUUGAUGGGUGAGGGAAAGAUUGUCUAUCAUGGACCUCGAGGUGAUGUCUUAGAGUUCUUUAGAAGUUGCGGAUUUGGGAGCCCUGAAAGGAAAGGAGUGGCUGAUUUUCUCCAGGAGGUUAUUUCUAAGAAAGAUCAAGAACAAUACUGGCUGGAAACACAACAACCUUACAGUUACGUGUCAGUUGAUAUGUUCGCAAGCAAAUUUAGGGAAUCUGUGCAUGGGAAGAAGCUUACUAAGGAACUUUCUGUACCAUUUGAUAAGUCGAAUAGCCACAAGACUGCUAUCAGUUUUAGUGUUUAUUCUCUUCCCAAAUGGACUCUUUUCAGAGCUUGUAUGUCGAGAGAAUUUCUUCUCAUGAAACGAAAUUCUUUUGUGUAUGUUUUCAAAUCAGCCCAGCUUGUCUUCAUUGCUGCUGUAACAAUGACUGUAUUCCUGAGGACGCAAAUGCACGUGGAUCUUGUCCAUGCAACUGAUUACUUGGGAGCUCUAUUUUAUACUCUUAUUAUUCUUCUUAUUGAUGGAAUGCCAGAGCUCUCUAUGACUAUAGCAAGGCUUCCAGUUUUCUACAAACAGAGGGACUUGAACUUUUACCCUGCAUGGGCAUACGUUAUUCCAGCAACCAUCCUGAAAAUUCCUAUGUCAUUGUUGGAAGCUCUGGUGUGGACGUGUCUUACUUAUUACGUUAUUGGUUUUACCCCUGAGGCUGGGAGGUUUUUUCGCCAGCUGAUUUUAGUUUUUGCUGUGCACUUGACAUCAUCAUCUAUGUUUCGAUUCCUGGCAUCUGUCUUCCGGACUGUAGUUGCAUCCACAACAGCUGGAAGUUUGGCCAUAUUGUUUGUGAUGUUAUUCAGUGGUUUUAUAAUCCCACGGGCAUCCAUGCAAGUCUGGUUGAAGUGGGCAUUUUGGGUUUCUCCUCUGUCGUAUGGGGAGAUAGGCCUUUCGUCCAAUGAGUUUCUUGCUCCGAGAUGGCAAAAGGAGCUGACUGGAAAUACAACAAUAGGAGAUCAAACACUUGCAAACCGUGGGUUAAACUUUGGUAAAGAUCUGUUUUGGGUAUCACUAGGCGCCCUUAUCGGGUUAACACUGCUCUUCAACCUUGGCUUUGCACUGGCGUUGAGUUACUUAAAACCUGCUGGUUCUCGUGCUAUUAUUUCAAGCGACCAACUUUCAAAGCUAAAAGGUAAUGCCGAAGAGCAUUCCAAAGUUUCUCCUCGUAGAACCAGUGAAAGUUCUCAAGCAGACAGAAUGGCUUUACCCUUUCAACCCCUAAGUAUGGUAUUCCAAGAUGUGCAGUACUAUGUGGAAACCCCCAUGGCAAUGAAGGAGCAUGGUUACACUCAAAAUAGGCUUCAGAUUCUUUGUGAUAUCACCGGUGCAUUCAGGCCUGGUGUUCUCACAGCACUCAUGGGUGUCAGUGGGGCUGGGAAAACGACGCUUCUUGACGUGCUUUCUGGCAGGAAAACUAGUGGCACCAUCGAAGGAGAAAUAAAAAUCGGAGGGUAUCCUAAAGUCCAGAGUACAUUUUCUCGGAUUUCAGGUUACUGCGAACAAACUGACAUACAUUCUCCACAAAUUACUGUGCAAGAAUCAGUUAUAUUUUCAGCUUGGCUACGUCUUGAUCCAAAAAUUGAGGCAAAGACAAAAUACGAAUUUGUCAAAGAAGUCCUUGAAACCAUUGAGCUUGACAGCAUCAAAGAUUCAUUAGUGGGCUUGCCGGGUGUUGAUGGUCUGUCAACUGAGCAAAGGAAGCGGCUAACCAUAGCUGUGGAGCUAGUUGCUAAUCCCUCCAUCAUCUUUAUGGAUGAACCUACGACUGGGCUGGAUGCCCGAGCAGCAGCAAUCGUUAUGCGGGCAGUGAGGAACGUGGCAAAUACUGGAAGAACCAUUGUGUGCACCAUUCACCAACCGAGCAUUGAUAUUUUUGAAGCAUUUGAUGAGUUAUUACUAUUGAAAGCUGGAGGUCGCAUGAUCUAUUGUGGGCCGUUAGGUCAUCAGUCUUGUGAAGUGAUUGAAUAUUUUGAGGCCAUUCCUGGUGUGGAAAAAAUCAGAGAUAACUAUAAUCCAGCUGCAUGGAUGUUGGAGGCCACUUCCACUUCCUCAGAAGCUGAACUUGGCGUAGACUUUGCUGAGAUUUAUAAGAAUUCCAGUUUAAACGAGAAAAACAAAGAGCUUGCGGCGAAACUUAGCAUGCCACAUGCUGGAUUAAAAGAUCUGCAUUUCUCAACCCGCUAUCCACAAAAUGGUUGGGAGCAAUUCAAAGCUUGCCUCUGGAAGCAGCACUGGUCUUACUGGAGGAGUCCUAAGUACAACGUGAUGCGCUGGAUUCACAUGAUUUUUGCAGCUUUCCUUUUUGGCUUGGUGUUCUGGGGUCAAGGAAACAAAGUACAUAAUCAGCAGAGUCUAUUCACUCUGCUGGGCUCAAUGUACGCCUCCACACUAUUCUGUGGUAUAAACAACUCCUCUUCAGUUCUGCCGUAUGUUAGCACAGAGCGAACCGUUCUCUACAGAGAGAAGUUCGCUGGAAUGUAUGCUUCGUGGGCUUACUCAGCCGCGCAGGUCAUUAUCGAGAUUCCAUAUCUCUUUUCACAAUCAGUUGCAUUCACGGUCAUCACAUAUCCGAUGAUCGGAUACCACUGGACCGCGUACAAGGUUUUUUUCUACUUCUACACGAUGUUCUGCACGCUGCUGUACUUCACUUACCUCGGAAUGGUGCUGAUUGCCAUAACACCAAGCUUUCCCGUGGCUGCCAUUUCGCAGUCGGCCUUCUACACCAUGUUCAAUCUGUUUGCUGGGUUCUUGGUCCCUCACCCGCAAAUUCCGAGGUGGUGGAUCUGGUUUUAUUAUGUUAUUCCGACUUCGUGGUCGUUGAAUGGCAUGCUUAAUUCACAAUUUGGUGACAUAGAAGAGAAGAUUAUGGUGUUUGGAGAGACCAAAACGGUAGCAGCCUUUGUGAAAGAUUAUUUUGGAUAUCAACACCAUCUUCUACCUCUUGUUGCUGUGAUGUUGUUGUUUUACCCUAUUCUUUUUGCUUCCCUUUUUGGAAUUUGUAUUUCCAAGUUGAACUUUCAAAGGAGGUAAUGCUAGCGGAUAACAAAAGCAUUUGGUGUGGUUUGUUGUAAUAAGUUAUUGUAACAUAUUUUUUUUUUAGGGGAAAUAUAUACUUUCAUUUAAUCCAUAUCGGAAAUGGCAAUAUUGCUAUCAUUGCAGCGGGUUCUCAGCCGAUCGAAUAUACGGAAACGGUGCUUCUUGGCGAGCUGCAUGCUAUGCUUAUUGCUGUGGGAGCUUGCUUCUCGCUCGACUUGGGUCCUGUGGUUAUUUAUUCGAAUUCUCUCUUGGCGAUUCACUUGCUACACGAUACACAUUAUGGUUCCGAAUCGUUGUUCGAUGAGUUGUUUGAGGCCUUUGCCCAUGCUCGUGAGACUGUGGUGUUAGAGUUUUUUCAUGUUUGUCGUGCGGCUAAUAGAGUUGCUCAUGAACUUGCUAGAUAUGCUUUAUCGGUAUUGUAACAGAAUUAGUUGUGAUAUAUUAAUAACAUUGUCCCAUCA